GCGCCUGAGCAACCGCCGGCUUGGUGAGGGAGCAAACGACUUAAAAGUUUAAUAACGUAGCUUAAUAACCGUAUAAUUUUGGUAGUAAGGGAUGUUUGAAAAUACAUUAUUACGGCUACUUUAAACAGAACAGUUUUAAAAAUCAUUUAAAAUAAGUUUUUUUUUAUCAAGAUAGCUAACGUUGCUAAUCUUUUUUUUUAUCCUUAACGUGUGUUAUGGCGCUGAAAACCACACUGUGGGUUAUUUUUGUUUUUUCUUUGACUAAAUGCGUCAGUUCGAGUCCAGCUGUUUAUUUGCCAACUGAGUGGCCAGAAGUGGAGCUGGGCUCCGGGAUGCUGCAGACAGAAGGCAUCAAUUUUCUGGACCAGCUAUGGCAGGUGGCCAACAGCAGUAACGCCUCUGUAGCCCUGGAAGAUCAGAGAUGUCCAGUGCUGCAUGUGGGACAGUAUUCCACUCUCUCCCUACCCUUACGCCAAGUUUUUGGCCACAGAUUUGAUGAUGAGUUCAGCCUUCUGCUCCAGCUGCGCAGUUCUCAGAAUGAAGACUGCAGCCUUUUUACGUUCCUCAGCCCAGAUGGUCACAUUGUCCUUCAGAUCCGCAUCAGUGCACACUCUUUCACCUUUAUCAGCACACAGCAGCGUCAUUAUGAAUUUCCCGUGGCUGUGUUGUCUGAUGGGAAUUGGCAUCGAGUGGCAGUGAGUGUGUCAGCUGGCCGGCUUGUGUUGUAUGUGGACUGCGCCCUGGUGGAAAGUAUAGACUGGGCCUACAAAGAGGGUCUAGAAGUCACUACUGACGGGCUUAUCAUGGUUGGAGGGAUCGUUGAGGGCUUUGAAAUACCAUUUGAGGGUGAUCUGAAACAGGUGAUGUUCAUAAUGGGGGAGCCAGAUGCAGCAAGAGAUCAGUGUGAAGUGUAUUUACCUCGAUGUGAUGGAGCUGCUCAGAAACCCAAACACUUCCCACAUAUUCAAGUUCCAGAAGAACUUUUGCUGUCCUCAAAUGACGUAGAGGAUUUACUGGACAGUUCUGACCCAGAGGACAGGAGCAUGAUCUACUUGGCAAUGAGUGGUGUGAGAAGACGUGGUCUCACCCGUGGAGAUGGCACGCUUCCUACAGGUGUAAAGCGACCAGACUCCACUAGCCGCGGGGACGUCUUUGAGGUGGACGAGUACACUGACCUGAUCGAUCCCAACACCCUGUCUAAGAAUGACGGCUCACCGCAAAAGAUCCACCCACCACUUGCUAAAGGCAGCAAGGAGGCAAAGCCAGACUCUACCUCAAAACUUCUAGAUGAGAAUAUCACCACUGAGAAAAGCAGUCUUGACAAAGGGAUUCCUAAGAAGCCUGUGUAUAACACUAUUGAUGUGGAUGAUCCUUCCAUUUUGAAAAAAACUCAUGCUGGAGAAAACUCAAGCUCAGAGGGCCCUGAUUCCAAUCUGUUGCAGGAAGGAGGAGAGAGAGUGACAACAACUCCUGCUCUACCCAGCUUGUCCACUGACAGGAUAAAUAAAACUCACAGGACUGUCCCGAAUGUGGUUCUCACAGGUAGGACAGGGGGCCUGGUGAGAGGCUCAGAUGGGAAGAUGUAUUACCUUCAUCAAGGCCCUCCAGGGCCAAUGGGGCCACCAGGGGAGCCAGGUUGUCCUGGCAGUGUGGGCUAUCCAGGGUUUAAAGGUGAAAAGGGAAGUGUCGGACCAGAGGGUCGCCCUGGUCGGGUUGGUAAUCCAGGGCCACCCGGACCACCAGGGCCACCAACUUUAUAUCUGUGGAGGAACACAGCUGAGGAGUGGGCUUACUUUCAGCAAACAUCAUUCUUCCAGCUGCUGUAUGCAGGUUGGCCUAGAGAUCUGGGGUUACCUGGGCCACAGGGAGAAUUGGGAAAACCAGGCCCAGAGGGCCCACCGGGUGAACCUGGAGAAAGAGGACCGUCAGGCCGUAUGGGAGAUAUGGGUGACCCUGGCCUACCAGGUAUGCCUGGCUUACCAGGGGUUCCUGGGAAAGAUGGAGAAAAUGGCAUGAAAGGACAGCAGGGGAUGUCUGGAAUACCUGGCCCAAAGGGCCCUCUUGGCUAUAAAGGAGAAUUUGGCUCACCUGGUGAAAAAGGAGAUGAGGGGCUUAAUGGAGCAGAAGGUCCCAGUGGAGAUGAAGGGGAACCUGGAGAGAAAGGAUAUAAAGGAUUGCCCGGACCACCUGGAACUAUUGGCCCUCGAGGGCCACCGGGGAUUAGAGGGAUUGAGGGCCUUGAGGGCCCUCCAGGGACAGAUGGGGAUGACGGCUUCGAUGGUCCACCAGGUCCAUCAGGUCCACCAGGCCCUCCAGGUAUCACAGGGUUUGUAGGUGUGCAGGGCAUAAAUGGCUCACGGGGGGAGCCUGGGCCUGCAGGAAGCACUGGUCCCCCAGGGCUACAGGGUGCUCAAGGAUUGGAGGGACAGAUAGGGCCACCAGGGCCACGAGGCCCACAGGGUAAACCUGGCACAGAAGGCAUACCUGGCCCUAAAGGAGAUCCUGGAGCUAUAGGGCCGACAGGACUUCGGGGAGAGACAGGAUUUGAGGGCCCCGUUGGUGCAUUAGGACCUCAGGGUCCUAAAGGAUUUGUAGGUGUUAGAGGUAAGAGGGGACCUGAGGGAGACAAGGGGGAACCCGGGCCAAAAGGUGACAAAGGUGCUAAAGGAGACCCAGGGUUACAGGGUCAACAGGGUGAACAGGGACCCACUGGUUUUCCAGGAUUUUCAGGGGUGAAAGGUCAACCUGGACUAAGGGGGAUACAGGGAGAAGAUGGAGAAAUGGGUCCACAAGCCAAAUCAGGAAAGGAGGGGCCAAAGGGUCACAGGGGACCGGAGGGUCGUCAGGGAAAGCCAGGCCCAAGGGGACCAAUGGGUCGUACAGGGCAAAGAGGUCAUGCUGGAAUGCCUGGACCUCCGGGAUUUCCAGGUUCUCAUGGAGGAGUCGGGGCUGAAGGAAAGCCUGGUACACAGGGACCCCAAGGUGCUACAGGUAACCCAGGGGAAAAAGGACUAAUGGGCUUGCAUGGCAGUGCUGGACAGCCUGGUAUGGAUGGACCAACAGGAUAUCCUGGUCCACCUGGACGAGAAGGACCCCAGGGCAGUCCAGGACCACCAGGAGAGAGGGGUUUCUUUGGAAAACCAGGAGCAGUAGGACCUCAGGGCCCUGUUGGCAUGUAUGGUUUGCCAGGAAGUACAGGCACACGAGGAAGACCAGGAGGCAUGGGAGAGCGGGGAGAACCAGGAGUGAAAGGACCCCCAGGACCCAGUGGAAAGCCUGGACCUGCAGGGCUAACCGGUCUAACUGGAGAGAGAGGACCUCCUGGACCACGAGGCAGACAAGGAGAUCCUGGUCCUCAAGGAAUAAACGGAGCACGUGGUCCUCCAGGGCUGCAGGGAGUUGAUGGGAUGAUGGGAAGACCAGGGCCUGAUGGCAGUAAAGGCGCUCCAGGGGAUCCAGGCCUAAGAGGGCCUCCAGGUAUCCCAGGCUCUCAGGGUGAAAAUGGGUUACCCGGUCCUGCUGGGGACAGAGGGGAGAAGGGAACACCGGGUCCUCCUGCUGAUAUGGGGCCUUCUGGACUUGAAGGUGAACAGGGUCCACCAGGUCAAGUUGGACCAGAGGGACCACUGGGUGGAAAAGGGGAUCAGGGAGAACAAGGCCUCUCUGGUAACAUAGGUCCUCAGGGGCAGAAAGGAGACAGGGGUCCACAGGGUACAAAAGGCCUGCAGGGUCCACCUGGACGACUGGGUAAAGAGGGAGAUGUUGGUAAACCUGGAGAUCCUGGUGAGCCUGGGCCUAAAGGAGAGAAAGGCGAAAAAGGCCCUCCAGGGAUGACUGGUUUAGAAGGGCCCUGGGGAGCUGUAGGAGAAAGAGGAGAAAGGGGACAAAAUGGAGACAAGGGCAAUGUUGGCCUUCUGGCUGAGCCAGGUCUUGUGGGGGAAGUUGGACCUGUUGGGUUGAAAGGACUUCCAGGAGAAGCAGGACCACCAGGGCCAGAAGGGGCAAAUGGACCACCAGGGGACAAGGGGGAGAUGGGGUCAUUUGGCUUACCCGGCAUGUCUGGAAUUCCUGGGCCUCAGGGAAUAGCUGGUGUGCCAGGAGUUAGAGGAGACACUGGAAAGCCUGGACCACAGGGUACUGAAGGGCCUGUAAGUCCUAAAGGAGAUGUUGGCCCAAAAGGCUAUGCAGGGCCAGAGGGAGAGAAAGGAGAUCCAGGAAUCCCAGGACGAACAGGAGAGCAGGGACCAGAGGGCCUUCCAGGUAUUCAAGGGCCCCCUGCACUGCCUGGUGUAGAGGGACCCCCAGGAGAGUCAGGACUUCAGGGACCACCAGGUCUACCAGGAGCCCCAGGAAAGAUGGGUCGGACAGGACCAGACGGAAGACAAGGCAUCAAAGGAGAACGGGGAGAUGAUGGCAUUAAUGGACCACCAGGACAGAUGGGUCUCAUCGGUAGGAAGGGGAAAAAAGGCAAAGCUGGUUUAAGGGGCACAAGAGGACCAAGAGGAGAAAAGGGAGAGAAAGGAGAGAUGGGUGAGAAGGGACUUCCAGGAUGGGAAGGGUCUAUGGGUAUUGUAGGGCUACGAGGAGAUAAGGGUGAAGAAGGUGCAAAAGGAGAAGAGGGAGAAAAGGGUGAUCAAGGGCCACCUGGUCCAUCAGGAAAAGAUGGCUUAAGGGGAAACCAGGGUCCUUUGGGCCCACCUGGACUACCAGGACCAAAGGGAGAUCAGGGCAGUAUUGGUCCAUCUGGCCCAAGAGGGAUGCCUGGCAUACCAGGACUACCUGGUUUGUUUGGGGCAAAGGGUUUAAAGGGUUUACAGGGAGCUUCUGGGCCAGCUGGAAAGAGGGGCCUCCCAGGACCACCUGGACCUCCAGGACCUCCAGGCCUCACUGUGAACCUUACUAUUACUCAAAUUAAAGAUCUAAUGUAUGUCUCAGACAAGCCCAACUACUCACUCAUCCAAGUGCUCUUAGAUUCUCUGUACCGUGACCUGAGGCUGUUGCUGGAUCCACCUGAUGGCAGUAAAGAACAUCCAGCCUCCACUUGCCUGGAACUGUGGCUAUGUCACCCCAACUACACCAGUGGGUUCUAUUAUAUCGACCCGAAUCAGGGCAGCCCUGCAGAUGCUCUUUUGGCUUACUGUAACUUCUCUGAGUCAAGGGCUGAGACAUGUCUUCACCCUAGAACUGCACAGCUACCCAUGAGAGCAUGGUUGAACAACUCUAAAUCAGAUAGUGCUUUCCACUGGCUGAGUUCCCUUGAGAGGGGCUUUGCGUUUGAAUACACAGGGCUCACUGUGGUCCAGGCCCGUUUUCUGAGACUUCAGAGCAACCUGGCAGAGCAGAGAGUAACCUACUCCUGCUAUCCCGGACACAGAUUGGGACAGACAGAACGACAAGCACGCUUUCUCACCAGCUCGUUACGGCAGAGUUACCAGGGGAUCCUUCAGGACUGUGUGCCUGCCAAGGAAGUGGAUCCUGGGCCACGGGUGUCUGUGCUUCAGUUCGAGGAUAAAGACCUGCUCCCUCUGCGGGACAUCGCGGUGUUUGCCAGCAGCAGCCUUUCACAUGAGUUUGGUUUCACUGUGGGCCCGGUGUGUUUCAGCUAGAGUGUGAGAGAGAGAUAGAGAUUGCUUUAACGGGUAUAAUCUCACACACAAACGGCAGCCAAAGCAGAAAGAGGUAAACUGUACAACAUGAAGAUAAAAGGAAGAGCUGUCCUCAUGUCCAUGACAAUCCUCAGUAAACAUUAAUGACACUUUAAGAGAGCACAUUUUUACUGGUGCUCUUCGACAAACGACCAUCAUUUUUGUUUACACACAUUAGCAUUUUGUAAAUUAUACACUGUUUUGUUUUUUGUACUGUGGAUUUUUUUUUUUUGGGGAAGCCAAGUGCAUGACAGAGUGUUCAUGUAACCACUAUGUGGUUGCACAGUGUUUAACUGAAGAACCAGAAAUCGUUUCCAAAUUAUAUAUACACUUAUGAUACAUCUUGAUUAGUAUCAUUUUAUUCAAUUUUUUUGUUUCAAGCUUUCCUAUUUGAUAUAGAAGCUUUUAUAGUAAAACAAUGUGUUGUGAAAGGAACACAGCUCUGACCUGAUCUUUUUCUGCAGUCUAUAAGACAAAUUAAACAGUUUCCCCUUUAAAGUGCUUAUCAUUAUGUAUGUCUUAUGGCUUCAGAGUUAACUGUGAUAUUUUGUAGCUGAUCAUGAAGCUUAUCACUGCUAAAUUGUCAUGUCUGAAUAGUUUUUCAUUUCUCAGGUGCUAAAAUGUAAUAUAGCAGGGAAAUGGAACUACUGUGCUGUACUUCCUGCUAUGUUUGUUACUAAAGUCGACUACAACAUGACGAGGUGCGCUGUUAAAGGAAAAUAAUUAAUGAUUUUAAAAAAAAUUAAUUUCUGCUAAUAGCACAUACUGAAGUGCUUUAUUCAUGUUGUACCACAGCACUUUGCCAAUGCAAUUAUUUUUUUGUUUGUUAAAGAAUGAUGUCAUACUUUUUAUUGAUUUAUAAUUGCAUUUAUGUCCACAUUACUUACAUUCUAGCAGCUAUAAACAUUUAUUCUCCAUCAAGCACAUGCAGCUGACCAUAACUUGCUACAGACCAUUUUAACACGUCGAUUUUGUGGAAUGUCUGAGAGACAAGCUAGUUUCUAGUCACAGAGUUUUAGCUGGGUGCUCUGUGCUCUCUCUCUCUCUCUCUCUCUCUCUC